CAGAGCGCGAGGAGGUGGGAAGAGUGCAGAGACACUGACUUAGUCCUAAGUAAGUUUCGUGGCGUGUUUCGGCCGCGCUCCUCUAAGAGAGGCGAACCGCGGCGGAGGCGCGCGCCCCAGGGUGUCCUGCGGGGGAUGAUAGGCGGACUCGCGGUGCUUUGAGAUGCACAUUAUGCAUUCAUGUAAUUUUAAGAAGAAGCAGCGGCGAAGAAGACUCUGAAAGCGACGUGUUCUCUUAUCUUUGCUUGCUCUGCACCCUCCCUUCUGCUCCAAAGGCUGGCCACUGGGACUCCAUGCCAACACGCCCCCUCCCUCUGUUGGGUGACGCCGGUGGAAGGAGGCACAGAUGAGUAACAACGGGUCGGCGAAGGGGCCAUCGCAGCCAGGUGACACUGAGCCCCCUGCCGAAGCUCCACGCCGGGGGAGGGGACGUCCAAGGAAGCCUCAGCAGGAGCCGACCAGCCCUCCGACCCCAAAGAGACCCAGGGGACGCCCAAGAGGGAGUAAAAACAAAGGUCCUCGUGCUACCCCCAAGAAAGCAGAGCCAGCAGGAGAGAAGAGACCACGAGGCAGACCAAGGAAAUGGCCCCAGAAAGUGGUUCAAGAGGAAGAACAGCAGGGUGAUCCGGAGGAGGGUCCCUCUCAGGCCCCAGCCCCUGAGGAAGGGGACUAGACAUGGAGGCACACACCUACCUCAUUGGCUGGGCAGUGGUAGAGGAAGUGGCCAGAAGCCUUCAGGCCCAGCGAGCCAUCAAGAUUCCAAAACAGGAAAAAUGUUUCUAUUUUUUCAGUUCACUUUCUAAUGCAAAUUAAUGUAUUCUAUGAAACUGUUCUUACUUCCAGCGUAGACCUCCUGGGGUUGAUCUUAACCAUUCUGGGCCAUUCUGAGUGCCCAUCCACUGACCUCCAUGUCAUCUUCAAACCCCCUGAUUUUUUUUUCUUUAUGUUCUCAUUUGUUUCCCUUUAAACUGCUGGGACAAAAGGCAGUUCAUGCUGUAGGAAGUAAAAGGCUUUUUUUGUAUAUCAAGGAAAACAAUCUGUUUACCUACUCUCUUAGCAGGGUAGCUGCCGCACUGAUUCAUAGGAGUGAAAAACUUACUGUAUCUCAAGUCUGUCCUGUCCACAUAUGUCUUUGACGGAGCACUGGGACAGAGCGAUGGUUCAUACUAGAUUCACAGGUGUGCCAAGUGCUGGCUCUUCUAAAUGUAUAUGUACACCUGUGAUCAAUAGCGCUACCUGCAAACAGCCACCCAGUUCAGGAAAAAGUACCUGUAGGAGCAGAGUGAGAAGAGCCACUUGAGCUUAAUCAGUAGUCCUGAUUUACAAAGAACCAAAACUGAGUGUAUAUUGGUAUAUGUGAUGCAUUAGAUAGAAUACAGGGGGUGCGAUGGCGCAACGGCUUUGGCCGGGGCCUGCUCUGUGGUGGGUCUGGGGUUUGAGUCCUGCUUGGGAUGCCUUGUGGCGAAUUGGGAUCCUAUCCAGAGUGUGUCUCUUCCCCCUUUAGCCGUGCACCCAGUGUUUCCAGGUUACACUCUGGUUUACCGCAACAAGCAGUUUCAGACUGUGUGUGUGUGUGUGUGUGUGUGUGUGUGUGUGUGUGUGUGUGUGUGUGUGUGUGUGUGUAGAUGGAAUACCCUGCCUUAAGCAUAGAUGCCACUGCAUCGGUGUGUAAGUGCAAAUACAGAGAAGUGCUGCCUCUCCCUGCAGGGGGUCAGACAGGGCAGUGUGUCAUGCUGGUGACAUCACAACGGCCGUUGUGCACCACUCCUGGGAACAGCAUGACUUUGCGUGGGGGUUAUGGGUACAGCUUUUGUUCUUUUGGGUCUCGGCCUAGGCAUUCCUUGUCCUCAGACUUGCCAGCAUCAUCUCAUACCGUAUAGUGUAAUCAGGGGUCAUGACCCCUUUGACCUCAGCCGCAUAAGAACUCCACUUGAAGUUGUAUAUUUUUAUAUUCUGCUCCAUGCUGUAUGUGUGAGCAUGUUUGUGUUUUAUUUUUUCCUCUCACCAAAAACGGGCAGUUAACUGUACCUUAUCAUUGUGUCAGCAUUCAUCUGUUUGAAAAAAAUGUUUACUCACUUAUUACUUGAU